AACAUCUUAAUUAGAAAACAAAAAGGAGAGAGAUGAAUGCUAAAAAAAUUCUUGUGCUUCUUUUGAUUGGAGUUGUGUGUACCACUGUUGGUGCAAUUAGGCACCUCGAAGAAGGAUCCAAAGAGACCGAAUUAGGCGUCUCUAUUCCCAAAGCUACCAAAGGCGCUGAGUUUACUGUUACUAUAUAUACUCAGUCUAUCGGUGAUGGCAAUGGCUAUGCUGAUGCUAAAAUAAAGGGUCGCAAAGAUUCCAGCAGCAGUGCAAAUGGAAGCGGCUAUGGAACUACCAGCGGAUUUGUCAUUGCGAAGGGUCCCAACGCAACAGCUUUUUCUAGGAGUACUGCUUUUGGUCGAGGCCGUGCUGAUGCUGCAGCGGGUCGCAAAGGUGCCACCGCCAAAGGAAACGGUGCUGGAGGUGGCACAACUGUUACAUAUGGCAGCACCGGGCCUAAACCGUGAGGUGAUCGUGCUCAUUUCUCCGCGUAUAAAUAUAUUAAUAAUAUUCUACAAACCCAACAAUAUCAUUUGUAUUCAUAAAUAAAAGUAGAGAUUGUCACCUUUAUAUAUUAUGAUGCUACUCUUUCUGUGAUGUAUAUCGUUAAAUAAAAUAAAUGCAAUAAAAAUCUUCUUAAAUGAAGGAAAAAAAAAUCUAUGAAAUAGUGAUCUUCCUAAAUAAUAGAUAU